CAUUAAAGUGUUUAAUACUUUUGAUCCAGGAGUCACUAAUGGGUUAGUGGUACACACGCCUACCUUUGGUGCUGGCAGCGUGGGAUCGAUUCCCGCUCAGUGAUGGUGUCGAUAUCUGCCCCGUGACUGACUGGCGACCAGUUCAGGGUGUAGUCCGCCUUUCACCUGAACCUAGCUGGGAGAGGUUCCAGCUUUCCCGCAACUCUUGUGAGGAUAAGCGGCUUGGAUAAUGACAUGACUUUGGAUCCAAACAUGACCAGAGAUCUUGAUUGAUCAUUCAAAAUGACGUUUUUGCCCUGAUAAAGUUUGAAUCCCUGUAAAAGAAAAAAGUAAGACAAAAACAAUCCAAAAGAUGCUUUGUUUAAUCUCUGCGACUGUUGUCUGUCCGCAUGUGCCCUGCGAUUGGCUGGCAAGCAGUUCAGGGCGUAGUCAGCCUCUUGCCCGAAGAUAGUUGGGAUAGGCUCCAGCACUCCUGUGGCCCUUCUGAGGAAAAGCAUGUCAAAAAAUGGAUGAAUGGAUGCAUGUUUCAACAGAUAAACAUGUUACCUUCAGGGAUCAGGAAAUUGCACCCAAGGAUGAAGGAGACAUUUGCAACGAGCUUGUCAUCCAAUCAUCCCGGCACGUCACAUUCAUUCCUGCACUGAGCUUUCGGGGUCGCGUCGACGGGUCUCGCCGCGCCAUGGCGCGCUUCACGCUGCAGCUGCCCGAGGACCACAAGAGAGAAACGUUGCUCUUGUUGAAGCUGGCCGGCCCGGUGUUCAUUUCUCAGACGAUGAGCUUCAUGAUCGGCUUCGUCAGCCUGGUGUUCUGCGGCCAUCUGGGAAAAACCGAGUUGGCCGGUGUGGCCUUAGCAAUAGCGGUGAUAAACGUCUCGGGCAUUUCGAUCGGCAGCGGGCUGGCGUCAGCAUGUGAUACGCUCAUAUCUCAGACCUACGGGGGCGGUAACCUGAAGCUGGUGGGCGUGAUCCUGCAGAGGGGCGUCCUCAUCCUGCUGCUGUCCUGCUUGCCCUGCUGGGCCGUCCUGCUCAACACGGAGCCCCUCCUGCUGGCCGUCGGCCAGAGUGCCGACGCCGCCAGGCUCUCUCAGCUCUACGUCAACAUCUUCAUGCCGGCUUUACCCGCUGCCUUCAUGUACCAGCUGCAGGGGAGGUAUCUUCAGAAUCAGGGCAUCAUGUGGCCUCAGGUGAUAUCCGGAGCCGCUUGCAACGUUUUCAAUGCAAUCAUCAACUACGUCUUCCUGGGGGUGUUGGAGCUCGGAGUGGCUGGAUCAGCUGCCGCUAACGCCAUCUCGCAGUACUCCUUGAUGGUGUUUUUGUUCGUGUACAUAAACUCCAGGGGUCUUCACAAAGCCACGUGGGAUGGUUGGUCGGUGGACAGCUUGCGUGAGUGGGGUCCCUUCCUGCGUCUGGCGCUGCCCAGCAUGCUGAUGACGUGUCUGGAGUGGUGGCUCUACGAGAUCGCUGGCUUCCUGGCGGGUUUGAUCAGCGAGGUGGAGCUGGGAGCCCAGUCAAUCCUGUACCAGCUGGCCACCAUGGUCUUUAUGUCCCCGGUGGGCUUUUCCGUGGCAGCCAGCGUUCGCGUGGGGAACAACCUCGGGGCCGGGAACACCGAGCAGGCCAAGCUCUGUGGGAAGAUGUCCGCCAUGUGCACGCUGGUGGUCUCGUGCUUCAUUGGGACCUUCCUGGCCUUAUCCCGGGACGUCAUCGCUUACAUUUUCACCACAGACAAGGACAUCGUGGCAAGGGUGGCAAAUGUUUUAAAGAUGUACAGCGUCAGUCACAUUGCUGACUCCUACUCAGCCGUGAUGGGAGGAAUCGUCCGGGGCGCUGGGAAGCAAGCGGUAGGUGCGGGUUGCAGCUUGGUGGGCUACUACAUGGUGGGCUUCCCCAUCGGCGUGUCACUCAUGUUCCCUGUCAACCUGGGCAUCUUCGGAUUGUGGUCAGGUUUCCUAGUUUGCGUGGCCUUCCAAUCCCUCUUCUACACCGUCUACUUGUGCAAGCUCAACUGGAGGAAAGCCACGGUGGAGGCGCUGGUACGCGCUGGAGUCCAUUUUAGGCAACAAGACAAGAUCUUUGUCAUAGACAACACAGUAUGUCAACAGCAGAUGAGUACCAAUGCAUCCAAUCCUUCGAGUCCAGAACGAUUUGGAUCGGACGAAACGGUCCCGCCGUCAAUCCGGCAACUUGUAUUACGCCGCGGCCUAGUGGUAGUUGUCUUGGUUGCCAUCCUGGUCGCUGGAGUGUUUGUCAGCGAGCUGCUGGUCACGCUGCAAUUGGACUGAUCGGAAGCCAAAUUGGCCGCCCCACAACACACAGUUUCACUGUAGCACGUUCAGAAAAUGUUUUUCAACUAGACUUUCUGAUUAUGUACUUAUAUAGUAUGAUACAUGU